UGCUCAUUAACUGUUCAGACCUCUUAGAGUCAUGAUGCUUGCAGGUUUCAUCUUUCUGCUCCUCGUCACAGGUGGAAGUACCUCCAAUUACACAGAGCAACCAGAGCUUCCUGGCAAUCAACAGAUGUUCAAUUACAGCUUUGAGGAAAGUGGAAGUACCUCCAAUUACACUGCAACAUUACAACCAGAGCUUCAAGAAAACUCCAAUCAGAGCCUUAAGAACGUGAGUGGGGAGUCCUCCAAGGGUAACUGUACUUAUCGGGAUAUUUUAAGGCAUUUGAACUUAAAAGAAGGAAAUGAGAACUCCAUGACUCAGCCUGGUGGUGAUAAAUCACCCACAACAGUUUAUCUGGAACUACUACUCUAUGCCAUUCUAGAUGUGAAUGAGAAGGACCAGAAAUUUGUUUCUUACAUUUGGAUUGAUAUGUAUUGGAAGGAUGACAACAUUUCUUGGAAUCCAGAUGAAUUCUGUGGUAUAAAGGAAAUUCAUCUUCCUGCUGAAAAAGUGUGGAAGCCAGAUCUAACUAUUGAAGAGAUGACAGAAAAGGACAAGGCCCUUCCAAGUCCAUAUCUCGUCAUUAUGUCGGAAGGUGUGAUCAUUCGCAGGGAUGACAUGUUGGUGAUCAGCACCUGCACGAUGGAAGUUUACAGAUUUCCCUUUGACUUUCAGAGCUGUACCCUCUCUUUAAAGUCUAUCAUACACUCUGACAGGUAUAUAAAGCUUGAAGCGGGAGCUGAAUCUGAAUUGACCACAAUGUGGUCUAAGGAGAUGAUGCGGACCCAGUCCGAGUGGUUGUUUAUCAACAUGACAAUCAACCACAAAACUGUCAACAAUUUUGGUUUAAACCAAAGCAUGUUGAUUUACACUAUCAACAUGAAGAGGCGGUCUGCACUUUACGUGGUUAACUUCUUGGCCCCCAUCAUGUUCUUCUUUUGUCUGGACUUGGCCUCAUUCCUGAUCUCGGACAGCGGAGGAGAGAAGCUCAGCUUCAAGGUCACUGUGCUGCUUGCUGUCACUGUGAUGCAGCUUAUUCUCAAUGAGAUUCUGCCUUCCUCGUCAGACAGGAUUCCUCUUAUAGCGGUCUACUGCAUUGGGAUGUUUGGAUUGAUGCUGCUAAGCCUAAUGGAGACGAUUUUGGUGAUGCAUCUAAUGGAAAAAGACUCUAAAGACCAAAGCCUGAGUGAGGACUGUGGGGACAAACAGGGCAAAGUCAGCUUCCGCAACUGUUGUAGAGAUGUUAAGAAAUUGACUCACGUCUGUCACAUCUGUGAUGUGUUUCCUGGUGAAACGCCAUCUGGAAUGCUGCCGGUGGCCAAAGAGGGUAGCAGCCUGACGGAGGAGUCCCAUGCCUCAGAUGAGCUAAGUGAGGCGGUGAAAGCUCUGACUCUGCUCCUUAGCAACAGGGAGGAAGAGAGGAUGCCCGGCUACUGGACCAGAGUGACUAAAACAAUCAACAAAAUUUUCUUCAUUUUCUAUGUCAUAGCUGCCUUUGUGUUUUUACUCUGUUUGUUUUUCAUUUGGAAAGAAAACAGGUGAUAAUAAUUCAGAUGAUUGAAAACAAGUCAUUCUGCAGGUUCAUUUGGGCUAGAGGUGAAGCUGUGCUGAAAUAAAGUCUCUGCCCCCAAUUUUGGUGUCACUAACCACAACCUUCUUCUGCAUGAGCCAAGCUAAUGAUCAAAGGUGUACUUGGCUGUUCAGGUAGUAUUCAAUCCUUCAGUGGUAUUGCAGCUGCCAUUUGCAUGUUUCACACACAGUGGUUCAUAUCAAACACACAUGUUGUCUUGUCAUAUUCUAAUACACUAAUCUGCAAUCAAUGGGUAGAUUUAUGUCUUUGCUAUGUAAUAAAAUAUACACUUUUAGUUAUCAAGCAUGCAGGUCAAAAUUACAUGUUUUCCUAAUCUUUAUAUGGGCAAUUCUUAUAAUCCACCCCAAAACAUUAAAGUGUGUACAAUUCUAAAUAUGCAAUCAAGUGCAUGGAAUUUCAUAUCAUACAUGUUCUCACAGCUUUGUUUUGUUCCUGCAGGAUUCCUAUCUAAGCUCUUUUCAUAAAAUUACAUUCCUUUUAACCAUUGCGCUAACAUGACUAAAACAAAUAUCCAAAAAUCGAUGCAGCAGGUCCCAUAGUUUGUAACGCAUGCUUUCUUUUAAAAAUGUGUAGUAAUUUGACUUGGCUUCUCCAGAGCAAAAGAAGUCAAUGUACAACAUUUUCUCUUCAGAACCGGUAUAGAAAGCACAUAUCAGGACUGUUCCAUUAUGAAUACAUGAAGCAGAGUAAUGCAGCUGUGUAAGAACACCACAGAACGAACACAAUAAUACCUGAUAGAAUAACUGUAAAACACAUUAAUUUCAGAAUAUUAUAGAUGUGUUUCAGAAUGUUAAAGAAACAAUAGACCAGUUUUAAAUCUACACUACACAACACUACGUAGCUUUAUAGCUAUCAGACUCUGUAAUAAACAAUAACAACUAAAACAA